UAGAAUGUAAAGUGCUUUGUACUUUAAAGAUGGAUUCUGCAAGUAAGAAUCCUACCGAAGAUACUCCUCAUUCAGAGAUCAGGAAAUACCCUUUACGAGACAAGAUUAGGACUGCUCAACGCGUCUUUUGUCAGUCGAAGAGUUCUGAGAUAAAUACUACGCCAGAACCAUUAUUUCUGAAGAAUCUAAGUCAGAAAGGGUAUCAAGAGGAUGUUUCAUCUGAUUCUGAUGAGGAAAUGUUAUCGGGUGAAAGCAGGUCUAAUCGGAAAAGGAUGGCUAGCAAUCCGAAAAAUGGACGUGGCAAGAGGCGUAAGAUAAUUAAACCUCUCCUAGCUCUAACUCACGGCAGAAUGAACUCGAUCAUUAAAACAUGUAAACAAGAACUUGGAAAAAAUGUGAAAGUUACGGAGACUCGCAUUAUGAAUGACUUUAUAGAACAGGAGAACUUGGGGUCUCCAGAAGUUAGGGUCUCAAGAUGGGCAAAAAACAGGAUUGUGGCUUAUCGGAAGAAACUGUGUGAUUUAAAAACGAAAAAAAAAGACUGCCUGCCUUUGGAUGACGUUGUAUUUGAUCUGAAGGAUAAGGUGAAUCCAGUAGUUACCCGUGGCCCAAGGUGUCAAUUUUCUAAAAUGACUCGUGAAGGACAAAGAAAACGAAUAAUAAAAAGUUUUGACCGGAUCCAAAAAUCUAUAAUUCAGAUCUGUGACGAAGACGAUAUUCCCAUAAAGACAAUGAAUAUUCAUCUGAAGAAGAAGUAUUCCAGUGAAAAUAUUAAAAAUGGUCCAUCUGGGAUUGAAGCUCCUAUUUUAUACUCUCACAUAACAAGCGAAGUGAAGACCAAGGAAGAGGAUUUGAGAAGUAAAACUGGAGGUUUUCUGUGUCCAGCAUGUGGUGAACAACUACUUUACGACCUACGAGUACAAGAUGAGGAGCACAGUUUGUUACAUGAGUUUGCUGGAGGUUCUGCUCAUGAAAAUGGUCAUGUUACAGAACAAGAUGGUUGCUGUGUUCAAAAUAAAUGUGAUGUUCUUAAAUCAGAAUUAAAAACUGAGCAGAGUGAAUUCAAUGGAGAGGCUGGAGGCUUUCUCUGCUCAGUUUGUGGGGAAAAAUUCCUGGAGGAGGACAGUUUUAUUAAGCAUAUCAAUGAUCACGUUAAUAAUUCUGGCAAACAUAAAAGACAAAGAUGUGAUGAAUUUCAAAAUGACAGUAGUCAAUGAUCUUGGAUCAGUAAAAGAUCGGACAUAUCUAUCAUCUCUCAGGAGAGUCCAGAUCCUCUAGCAAAUAUUCUUGCUACUAAAAAACAGUUGGAAUGCCCUGAUUGUUCAUAUGUAACUGCACGAAAAAGUACUCUUCAAUAUCACUUAACAACUCACACUCGAGUUAAACCAUACAAAAUAUGUCCAGACUGUUCGUAUGCAGCAGCUCAGAAAUCACACCUCAAAGUACAUCUGAUGACUCACUCCGGAGAGAAACCAUUCAAAUGUUCAGUUUGUUCGUAUGCAGCAGCUCAGAAAUCAAAUCUACUAAAACGCCAAAAAAAGCAUGCUAGAAGAAUUGAAUCUGACACGAAAGAACUCAUACCAAGUACCAACUUAUACUGAUUAUUACGGAACAUGAUCAUUAUUGCUAUUGCACGAAAGGCGUAUCUUUUUGAACGUGAUCAAAAGACUAUGUCAUGGUGAAAACCGUACAAACAUUUCAAGUGUCCAUUAUGCACGUGCCUCUUUUUAACCCCUCCCCCCCCGGGCCCCCUUUCCCCCUCCAUAAUCUGUUAAACAUAGCUAGUGAGUUUGUUUUCACUAGCGUAAUCAUUUAGAUAGAUAAUCAGUGAUUAUACAUAUUAUCAUAUCACCCUGUUUUUAUCAUUGUGUGUAACUCUGUUUCAUUGAAGAUUAAGACUUUUGUAUAAUGUUUAUAAUAGUAGAAAUACUUAAUACUGAUGGAAUGUUACAAUUAAACUGCAAAUUCAAUUACAAUUAGUUUCCAUUUCU